CGUUAAAUUAUUUAUUACACUAUAUACCUUUUUAUGGUUGCUUAAGAAUGUAUGACAAACGGACAAUAAUUAUCCUAGUCCUGCUAUUGGCUGGAAUAGAAGGUCUUUCAUUGGAAAAGAGUCCCGAUCUUUCCGAAGUAAACUGUGGAUAUGAGUCCUGCACACCGACCAAGGAAGGAUAUACUAAUAUUCAUAUUGUAGCACACUCACACGAUGACGUUGGUUGGUUAAAAACAGUUGAUCAAUAUUAUUAUGGAAGUAACCCGAAUAUUCAAAAGGCUGGUGUCCAGUAUAUCAUCGAAACAGUAAUGGAUUCCUUGAGGAAAAAUUCGGAUAGAAAGUUUAUCUAUGUGGAAACUGCAUUUUUCUGGAAAUGGUGGAUUAAACAAAAUGACAGAAUAAAACAAGAAGUCAUAAAUUAUGUAAAUAAUGGGCAACUGGAAUUUAUAGGUGGAGGAUGGAGUAUGAACGAUGAAGCUGCUACACAUUAUCAUUCUAUUAUCGACCAAAUGACUUGGGGUUUGAGGAGACUUAAUGACACUUUUGGUGCAUGCGGGAGACCCAAAAUCGGAUGGCAAAUUGAUCCAUUCGGUCACAGCAAAGAAAUGGCUAAUAUUUUUGCCCAGCUGGGUUUUGAUGGUUACAUUUUAGCCAGAAUCGAUUAUCAAGACAAGGAAUACAGGUGGGAAACUAAGACACCAGAAGUGGUUUGGAGAGGGAGCAAAAGUUUAGGACAAUCCAGCGAUAUCUUCACUAGUGUUUUAUACAAUGAAUAUGGACCUCCUUCAGGAUUCUGUUUCGACAUUCUGUGUAGUGACAUACCGUUUAUCGACGAUCCAGACAGCUACGAAUACAACGUAGAUGAUAGGGUUGAUGCAUUUCUUGAAUACGUUAAUGGUAUUCCUCAAAUUUACACUACAAGCAACUUCUUAAUGACCAUGGGUGGCGACUUCAAUUACCAAGACGCAGAAGCUUGGUUCAUCAAUUUGGACAAACUUAUCUAUCAUGUAAACAAACGCCAAGAGAGCGGAUCAAAAUUCAAUUUAAUGUAUUCUACUCCAUCUUGUUACGUAAAAGCUGUAAACAACGAGACUCAAGACAAAGACUGGGUUUUAAAAGAUGACGAUUUUUUUCCAUAUGCCUCAGACGAGCACUCAUAUUGGACGGGAUAUUUUACCUCUAGGCCAGCUCUGAAAAGAUUUGAAAGACUUGGCAAUAAUUUUCUUCAAGUUUGUAAACAACUUUCUGUGUUAGCAAACUUGGGUGAGAGCACAAGUUUAGACAAUUUGAGAGAAAUAAUGGGUGUGCUGCAACAUCACGAUGCCGUGUCUGGAACAGAACAACAACACGUUGCCAAGGAUUAUGCUAGACAAUUGCACCACGCAAUAGAUGGAUGUGAAAAUAUAACAAAUACUGCUUUAAAUAAAUUAUUCAAUAAUGGAAGUUCAAAUUCAGAAAAAGAAUAUGGCAAUUCAGUUCCAUUAAAGACUUGUCUAUUAGCAAACAUAAGUCAGUGUGCUACAACAGAAAAUGCAGAAAACUUCGUAGUUACCAUUUAUAAUCCUUUAAGUAAAUCAGUAGAUAAGUUAGUAAGGUUACCCGUAAAUGGAGAAGGCUAUAAUGUAACAGAUAAAGAAGGGAAUUCAUAUGCUAACGACCUUUUACCAAUUCCCGAUUUUGUGAAAAAUAUUCCUGGCAGAGAUAGCAGUGCUACUCACGAUCUCUAUUUUGUGGCAAAAAAUGUACCUGCACUUGGAUGGAAAUCGUUUAUAAUUUCCCUAGACAAUUCUUCAAGUUUUAAACCUGUACACUCCACUAAAAUUUCUGGUUCUCUAAAAGUUGACGGUUCUAGCGCAUCAUUUGUUAUUAAUGAAGAAACAGGACUGGUAGAGAAAGUAUCUUUAAAUAAUUUGUCAGUCACGCUAGAUCAAAACUUUUACUAUUACCAAGGCUUCGUUGGAGGUAAUGGUGAUCCUGAGAGAAGAUCGUCAGGAGCUUACGUAUUUAGGCCUGACGGAAAUAUUAUUAAAACUAAUGAUACGGCUGAAGUUACUUUAUUAGAAGGUGCUCUUGUAUCAGAAGCAAGACAGACAUUUAAUGAGUACAUUAGCCAAACUGUUAGAGUCAACAAAAUUGAAAACUAUAUCGAGUUUGAUUGGGUUGUUGGGCCGCUACCUACCGACGGUUCCAAAGGAGUGGAGGUAGUAACAAAGUAUUCAACCAAGUUAUCAACAAAUUCUGCAUUUUACACUGAUUCAAAUGGAAAAGAAAUGCUGAAACGAGUGAGAGAUUACAGACCUACAUGGGAAGUGGAUAAUUCAGAACUAGCGUCUGGUAAUUAUUACCCAAUACCAUCGAAAAUAGCUAUAAGAGAUGAAGAGCAAGGGAUAGAGGUUGCAGUACUAAAUGACAGAGCUCAAGGUGGAACCAGCUUGCAUAAUGGAGAAAUUGAAAUAAUGAUUCAUCGACUCUGUCAUCACGAUGACGGUUUUGGUGUUUCCGAAUCUCUAAACGAGAAAGCUUUCGAGAAAGGAUUAGUAGUCAGAGGUUCCCAUUUUCUAACUGUUGGCAACUUGAGCGAUGAAAAUGGUAACUCGAUUUCUGCAAUAACAAAAGAUAUUGCACAAAAGAAACUAUUGGACAGUUGGACUUUUAUUACACCCCUUCAAGAUAAUGUGGAUGAGUACAAAUCCAAAUAUAUUAUGGAGUACUCUGGAUUGCGUAGUGCUUUGCCUAAAAAUGUUCAAAUACUCACCUUGGAACCCUGGAAAGAUUCUAGUUUACUUCUUAGGUUAGAACACUUAUUUGAUUAUGACGAAGACUCUAUUCUAUCUCAACCAGCUUUAGUUAACUUAACAGAUUUGUUUACUGGCUUCGAAAUUUUAUCUUUAGAAGAAACAACAUUAGGUGCAAACCAAUGGCUGAGAGAUAGCAACAGAUUAAAAUUUAAAACAAACAGCACAUUGGAACAACUCGUAUAUGAAGAUUAUAAUACUAAUAUAGAGUAUGCAAAUGUAGUCAAGAACGCCUGGAUGGAAAGGUCAAAAAUCACACCACAGUCAAUAUUACAAGAUAAUUUGGACGAUCUUCAAAUAACUUUGAAUCCUAGUGAUAUUCGUACUUUCAUUAUUGGUAUUAGAAGAUUUUGAAUUAUGUAUAAUGGCAUAAAAUUAUAAAUGCAUAUUAGAAAUUCA